GGCGGAAAGAAGUUCCUGCUCACGCAGGCAUUCGUGCCCCUCCCCUGGCCCCCCCUGGCCCUGGUCCCACCCCAGGGCGGCUCUCCCGGCCGGGGCACCCAAAACGCGACAACACCAAGCGCUGCCGAGCGCCGCCUUUUGGCCGCGGUCGUUGUGACCGGCGUGGCAUCAGACAGAGCAGCUGCUGCCUCCAUGGAGCAGAGACUGGCCGAGUUCCGAGCGGCCCGCUGUGCCACCGGCGACACCGCUCGCGCUGCAAAGUCCUCAGGAAAGGCUGCGGCGGCGCCAGCGACGACGAGGGAGCAGGCCCGAGUCCAGGCCCAGCCCCCGACUGAGGAAUCCAGUCGAAGACCAGAAAGCCCCAAGACUCAAGUUGUUACAUCCUCUCCACCAUGGUGGACCAAUUACUUUCUUCUGAAUGUGACCUUUCUCAAGUUUCUUCUCUGGCUCGUCUUACUAGGACUGUUUGUGGAACUGGAGUUUGGUUUGCCUUAUUUUGUUCUGUCUAUGUUUUAUUGGAUCUAUGUAGGAACCCGUGGCCCUGGAGAAAGGCAGACUGGAGAAAGAAGUGCAUAUUCUGUCUUUAAUCCAGGCUGCGAAGCUAUCCAAGGAACACUCACAGCAGAACAGUUUGAGAGAGAAUUACAAUAUCGACCCUUAGCCGAGAGGUAACUAGUGCCAUUACCAUGUAUCAUAUAUCCAUUUGCCUAUAUGUACUGUGACUAGGCCUUCUCCCACCUCACUUGAACUAAAUGUGAACUGUUUCCUGUGACAUUUUUCAUCUUUGCAAUUUUUUCAAUGUUGUAAUUAAGAGUCAAACCGCAGUUACUGUUUCUUAUAGAAACCCAACUAAAGGUUGGAUGUUAAACAUAUAUUUUCCCCAAAAUCUCCCCUGCUCUAAGCUAGAUGGAUCUCAUCACUGAAGUUAUUAUUUUCAUGCACAGUAUCCACAUGCCUUUCAAGUGAAAGCCAAGUCUCUUCGCCAGCUUUAUCUUCAAAAACCUAGGAUGAAUGCAUAUACACAUGUGCAUGUAUAUGUAGACCAAUGCCAAGUAUUAACGUGCACACUAGUUUUUUCCUAGGGGUUUCUUGCCUCACAUAACUUGAAAUUGGAGACCUCAACAGAUCAGUCUGAAAAAAAAACCUUUUGCUUUCACUGAACAUCUCUUUCUGUUUAUAACUUCCAUUUUAAUUUAGUGUAAUCCACUAUCAAGUGCAAAAGAGCCACCUGUGUAAAGGGCAAUGUGACAGUUGCCCUUAGGUUUGUAUUUCUGCUGGAUGUGUGUAUUAACUGAAGUUUGAUUCAUGUUCUGUGAACUGAAAAAUGUGAGUUAUGUCCUACUUUUAACAAGAAUCAGCUAGUAUAAAAAAUUAAAAUACACUAACACCACUUAUUAAAAAAGUGGGGGGAAACAGCAGCAUUAAAUUGGCAGAAAACUGUCAUUUAAAAAAGCAGAGAUUAAUUGCAGAAGUGGUAGAGCUAUGAAUUAUCAGCACACAGAUUAUGUUUGAGCUCAAACAUCUGGAUGACCUCCCAGUGGUUUUAUGUAAAUGUCGAGCUUAAGGCACUUGUCUGGAAGUAGGUCCCACUGAACUUGCAUAGGAUUGUACUAUCACCUCUUAAUGGGUAAAUAGUAAAGUGUACCUUUGUGAUUAACAUGAAGAUGUAAUACACAGUUUUGUAAAAUGCAAACAGUUUUACUAGUGUAUUGUAUUUGUAGCAGAGAGCCACCAGUUUUUCUCUUUGAAAACAAGCUUGUUGACCACUCUUAAUACUAGUAGAGGCACGGUAAGUUUGAAAUGAAUUUAGUCCCUUUUAUGUCAUUGAAAUGAAAGCAGAUUAUGGCUAAAGACGCAGCAUACUAUUAAAAUGGAAUUCAGUCUG